UAAAAUCCCACCCGAGCUCCUAUUUCAUAGAUACUAAAGGAAUAUACAGGAAGGAAUUCCACAUUUAAAAUGUGUCUCUAAAGCUCUCUUUGUCCUCCUAAGCUUUCCUUUCAAUGGGCAUCAUCAUCCAAACCAUUGGUUUCCCCUCUGACUUGAGCAAGGUGCCUGAAUUUCCACCACUUUUUCCCGUGCAGGAUGUGACGCGUUUGUGCCUUGACAUCCACCAGGACUGAGUCAGCCCCUGACAAAUCUUUUGUGCACAAAGCCAAACACAAGGGAAUGAAAUGCCUAAAGGAAACUGCACUGCCCUGACUGAGUUCAUUCUCCUGGGUUUCACAGACUGGCCUGAGAUGGAGAUUCCUUUGUUUGGGCUCUUCCUGCUCAUCUAUGGCACCACUUCGGUGGGGAACGUCGGCCUCAUGACACUAGUCUGGCUCAAUGCCUGCCUUCACACCCACAUGUAUUAUUUCCUGAGCAAUUUAUCCUUCCUAGACUCAGGGUCCUCUGCCAUCACUCCCAAGAUGCUGGUGAACCUCUUGGCCCGGUAUAAAGCCAUUUCUUUCCUUGGCUGUGGGAUGCAGAUGUUCCUCUUUGCUGUCUCCACUGUUUUGGCUGCCAUGGCCUACGACAGCUACGUGGCCAUUUGUCAGCCUCUCCUCUACUCUGAGGUCAUGUCCCACAGGAUCUGCACCUCCAUGGUGGCUGGGGCAUUCCUCAGCAGGGGUCUGACCUCGCUGGUCCACACCUGCCUCACAUUCUCGCUGCCGUUCUGCGGCUCCAGAUGGAUCAACCACUUCUGCAACAUCCCGCUGCUGCUGGAGAUCUCCUGCUCUGACACACGCCUCAAUGAGGUCCUGCUCGUCACCCUGUGGGGCUUCAUCCAGACCAGCACCUUCCUGAGCAUCGCUGUGUCCCACAUCUGCAUCCUCAGCACCAUAUUCUGCAUCCAGGUGGCUGAGAGCAGGUACAAAGCCUUCUACACCUGCAGCUCCCACCUGACGGUCAUCGCAUUGUUCUAUGGCUCCCUCCUCUUCACCUAUUUAAAGACCAGUUCCAACCACUCCUCCUGGGACACAGACAAAGUAGUGUCUGCAUUUUACACUCUUGUCUUUCCCAUUCUGAACCCCCUGAUUUGCAGCCUGAGGAACAAAGAAGUGAAGGAUGCCCUGAGGAGGACAGUGGAGAGGAGGGUCUUUUCUCAGGGAUUUUCUUGGAGUGUGUUUCUGGUCCAAAACACCAGUAAUGGGAACCAUUUGGCUAAACGUAGGUGA